AUGUUUGCAUGUUUCUCGACUACUGCGCGCCCCUUCCUUCAUCCAACAACCAGGCUCCUAUCAGCUUCGUUUCGCCACAGAGGAUUCGCAAGUUCAAAGACUGUGUCCAAGAGCGCUAUCGUUACCGGCGCUGGCCAGGGAAUUGGUAAAGCCAUUGCACUGCGUCUAGCUCGAGAUGGCUUCGAUGUUUGUGUGAACGAUCUUGAGGCAAAUUCGGGUUUGGUCAAAAAGGUGGUUGAGGAGAUCGUAGCUUUAGGUCAGAAAGCUGUUCCAGCUUAUGGCGAUGUUUCCAAAUUACCUCAGGUUGAGGCAAUGGUGGAUCAUUCUGUAAAUGAACUUGGCCCCCUUGAUGUAAUGGUGGCAAAUGCUGGGAUCGCGCAAGUCCAAUGGGCUAUGGAUGCAAAGGAGCCUGACAUUCAAAGACUGUUUGAAGUGAACUUCUGUGGUGUAAUAUACUCAGACCAGGUGGCUGCGAGGCAAUUCAUUAAGCAAGGAUCGGGGGGAAAGAUAAUCAAUGCUGCGAGUGUCGUCUCCUUCCGACCAUUCCCCAUGAUUCCUAUAUACAGUGCUACCAAAGCUGCUGUUCGUAGUCUCACGCAGUCCCUCGCUACAGAGCUCGCAAAGGACAAAAUCACGGUGAACGCGUAUGCUCCAGGUGUUGUGGACUCCUCCAUGUGGGAAACAAUAGACCGAGGAAUGAGCGAAAUCAAUGGUUUGCCGAAGGGAGAGAAUUUCCAGAAGACGAAGAUCACGAUAACUUUGGGAAGGACUAGUGUUCCGGAAGAUGUGGCGAAGAUGGUGUCGUUUCUUGCUAGCUCUGACUCGGAUUAUGUUACGGGCCAGACGAUGCUAGUGGAUGGAGGAAUUGCGUUCAGUUGA